AUGGCAUUUGAGUGCCAAGAGAGAGAGAGUUUGUACGAACCAAGAGCUGAGUCUGAUCUUCUGCAUUCGGAGUUGAGAAUAGGAAAUGGGUCUGUUGAGAUUCCAGGUGUGAAGUUAUCUUGUCUGCAAAAGAAGGGAGCUUUAGUGCCCAGUGGCUACAAACCGUCGCUCUCUGACAAGGAUUUGUCUACUACUAUUUACCAACGUUCCAUAAUUGAUUUGCCUCAGGCAUUGAUAUCUGAGAUUCUUAAUUGUCUUGACCCAAAGGAGUUAGGUUUAGUGUCUUGUGUUUCAACUAGUCUGCAUAAGUUAGCAUCGGAGCAUCAUGCUUGGAAGGAAUUCUACUGCGAGAGAUGGGGACUCCCCGUUGUUUUCGGGGCUAAAAGUUUAGGAUUUUCUGAUGAGAAUUCAUGGAAAGAGCUCUUUGUUGAGAGGGAAUUUAGGAGUAAGAUAUUUUUAGGGCGUUAUAGUAUCGAUACCCUGUAUGGUCACACCGAAGCAGUCCGGACUGUUUUCCUUUUAGCUUCUGCCAAGCUCAUUUUCACUUCUGGAUAUGAUUCCAUUGUUCGGAUGUGGGACAUGGAAGAGGGCUUGUCUAUUGCAGCAUCUAAACCACUUGGUUGCACAAUCAGGGCAGUUGCGGCUGAUACAAAGUUGCUGGUAGCUGGUGGUGCUGAUGGAUUUAUACAUUGCUGGAAAUCAGUGGACGGUCUCCGUAACCUGUUUGACCUCACAGGUUUUCAGAAAGAGAAGACCGAGUUUCGACUAUGGAAACAUGAGGGCCCUAUUACAUCUCUUGCCCUGGACAUGAAAAAUAUAUUUAGCGGUUCAUGGGACAUGUCUGUUCGUAUAUGGGAUCGAUCUUCAAUGAAGUGUAUCAAAACCUUGAGGCAUAGUGAUUGGGUUUGGGGACUUGCACCUCAUGAAAACAGCAUCGCCAGCACGUCAGGGUCUGAUGUAUAUAUAUGGGACAUUAUCAGCGAGACUCCACUGGCAAUCAUCCAUAAUGCUCAUGAGGGCAACACUUACUCUUUAGCAAGAAGCCAUACUGGGGAUUUUCUGUUUACUGGUGGAGAAGAUGGAGGAAUCAAAAUGUUUGAGAUCAGAAGAUACGGUAGUGAAACAAGCGUUGUACUCAUAUCUCAAUGGAUGCCUCACUCUGGUCCUGUCUACUCUCUUUCAUUUGAGUUUCCCUGGCUUGUCUCAGCAUCUGGUGACGGUAAACUCGCACUUAUCGACGUCAGGAAGUUGUUGAAGACUAACCGUCGGGCCUUAUCCAAAAAGGUUUCAUCGAAAACUGUGGAACCGCCACAUAGAAUGCUGCACGGGUUUGGAUCAAACUUGUUCUCUGUAAACGUGGGCUGUGACCGUAUAGUGUGUGGAGGUGAAGAAGGCGUAGUCCGGAUAUGGAAUUUCACACAAGCGCUGGAGAUAGAGAGAAGGGCUCGAGCUCUCAAAGGAGUGAGGCUUGAGAACAGGAUGAGACGAAGGAGGAUGCAAAUGGAGAUGAAUGCAAAAAGUGGAAGGCCUGACCAAUGCUCUGUUGCUGCUCAUAAGAACCCCAUCAAUGGCGAUAGGAACCGAGCCUGGCAUACUAAACGAAGAGCAAGCGGGAAGGCAAAGGCCUAA